CCGAAUUUUCCUCCUUACGAAACGACACAUUCAACGUUCGAGAUAACAAAAAUUAAAAAUGGCAGCCACCAUGGAGUAAACGUUCGAAAUUCGUAUUUUCGAGGUUUUCUUGACAUAUUGGAGUGUGAAUACAAGACGACUUCCAAGACAAGUGAAACAUGUCGCUGGCAGACGAGUUACUGGCCGACUUUGAGGAUGAUGACCUGGGGCAGAAUGUGGAAGAUGAAGCGAUGGAUGACAUCGCUGAAGUGGAGGACGUAAUCCCAGAGGUAGAUUACUCUAAUAAAGAAUCCGUGAAACACAUCGCUAAACUCCGGGACGGACCCGAUCUAGCACGCAUCAUGACAGAGGUUAAGAAAUAUGCUGGUCAGCCUCGCAGGCAGAAGGUUGCCGGUCCUGUGGAGGCAGAUCCUGAGUAUCAGCUGAUUGUGGAGGCAAAUAACAUCACUGUAGAAAUAGACAACGAGAUCAAUGUGAUUCACAAGUUUACCAGAGACCACUACUCCAAGCGGUUCCCUGAGCUGGAGUCUCUGGUCCCCACCCCACUGGAGUACAUCAGGACUGUGCAGGAGCUUGGAAACAACAUCCUGGAGAACUCCAAGAGUAACGAGGUUUUACAAGAGAUUCUGACACCCGCCACAAUAAUGGUGGUCAGCGUGACAUCCUCCACCACACAGGGGACCGAGUUGUCUCCAGAGGAAUUAGAUGUUGUUAAUGAAGCAUGCAAAAUGGCGGUGGACCUCGUAGACUGCAAGGCCAAGAUUUUUGAGUACGUGGAAUCUCGUAUGUCGUUCAUUGCGCCUAACAUGUCCAUCAUCGUAGGAGCAUCUAUCGCAGCCAAACUCAUGGGAAUUGCCGGAGGCUUGACGAAUCUGUCCAAAAUGCCUGCCUGCAAUGUGCAGAUUCUUGGAUCUCAGAAACGGACCCUGUCUGGAUUCUCUACGGCCGCCAUCCUUCCCCACACUGGGCACGUUUUUUACAGCGAUAUUGUACAGAAAACUCCGCCGGACUUACGUAAGAAAGCUUCCCGUCUGGUCGCUGCGAAGUGUACGAUAGCGGCACGUGUGGACAGUUUCCAUGAGAGUGUGGGCGGUGCAAUCGGUGACAGUCUCAGAGCAGAAAUAGAACAGAAACUGGACAAACUACAGGAACCACCCCCCGUGAAAACAGUGAAACCCCUCCCAGCUCCUAUAGAGCAGUCACGGAAAAAACGUGGAGGUCGAAGAGCAAGGAAAAUGAAGGAGAGGUUGGGAUUGACGGAGGUCAGAAAGGCUGCGAAUCGAAUGAACUUUGGAGAGAUCGAGGAAGACGCAUACCAGGACGAUCUUGGAUUUACCCUUGGAGCUCUUGGGAAGUCACAGUCGGGAAAGAUUCGUGGUCCAGUGGUGGAUUCUAAGACCAAAGCGCGAAUCUCGAAAACGCUGCAGGCUAAAGUUCAGAAGCAGAACAAUGUAUGGGGAGGCAGCACUACUGUAAAGAGACAGAUUGCUGGAACAGCUUCAAGUGUGGCCUUUACACCACUUCAGGGGCUGGAGAUUGUCAAUCCACAAGCGGCUGAGCGGAAGGUACAAGCUGCCAAUGCCAAGUAUUUCUCCAGCACUGCAGGCUUUCACAAAAUCAAGAAGGAGGAAACUUGACACAAAUGUUUAUUUAUAGCGAGUUUUAAUUUUAUCUACACAAGUGUUCUGUGUGUGACACUUAUUCCUCAUGACAUGGGUCAAAGCUAGAACUAGUAUUGAUGGAAGAUUAUCCAAGCUGACAAUUUUGUACAAAAAAACCCCAGCAGUUGCCAACCUCUCAUUCAAAAGUCAUGGACUAAAUUAGUUGUGAUAUUUUGCUUCUAGAUGCAGCUUUGGUAUAAAUAUCAUGUCUGUUUCAUCUCUCCACAUAACAGAACAUUAUGUAGAUUUCAUACAGUUCAGUUUUUAUCUGGAAUCAUUAUAACACUGUAAAUAAUCUCAUGAUAUAUGUAUAGCUGUGUAUUAGAAUAAAUUCUGUAGUGGAGAAUGACAA